GCAUCAAAACGUUGGUUUAUAAUAAACGAAGAAGAACUGAGAAGCAUGGACGCUCGCUCUUGCUACUGACCUUCCAAAUUUCAUACUUUAAAUUUAUUUCAGCGUUCACCAAAGCUGCAGAAUGUCAGUCAAAGGUGCAUCAGUCCAUGCUAAAUGGGUCCUCGGUAGAGUCAUCGGAACCAAAAUGCUCAAAACCGCUAAAGUGAGAGUUACCAGACUAGUGCUGGACCCUUACUUGCUCAAGUACUACAACAAAAGAAAGACCUACUUUGCCCAUGAUGCUUUGCAACAAUGCACUGUGGGAGAUAUUGUCCUCCUCAAAGCUCUGCCUGAGCCCAGAUCCAAACACGUCAAGCAUGAACUGUCUGAGAUAGUGUAUAAGGUGGGUCGGGUGGUGGAUCCACUGACAGGAAAGAAGGUUGCAGGGACUGAGUUUCUGGAGCCUUUGUCUGAUCAUCUGCUUGAAGAGGGAACCACACUGUCAGAAAAACUGCAGGAGCUGAACAUCUCAGCUGUCACCAGUGAAGGGGAAUCAUCGUUGGCACAAACUCCAACUUAAUUAUAUAUAUAUAUAUAUAUAUAUAUAUAUAUAUAUAUAUAUAUAUAUAUAUAUAUAUAUAUAUAUAUAUAUAUAUAUAUAUAUGCACACACAUUUGUCAUAAGUGUAAUGCUUUUGUUUCAUAAAAAUAUUAAUAAAAAAAUAAAUAUAUAAUUGUAUUAAGCCUGUAUGUGUAUGGGAGGUUGAGUUAAAAUGUAAUAUAUAUGCAACCUAUUUUGGUAAUUUGAUUUUUGAGACAAUUCUAAGUAAUUUGCAGUAAUAAAUCUUUGUUGAAAAUUGCCAUUCACAAAACAUACAAUGCAUUGUUUAUUGACUAAAAAAAUAAAGAUAAUACAAAGUCA